AUGACUGGCAAAAGGAAAAGAGAUAUCACGCCUAAACUCAAGUCCAAGAAGCAGAGAAAGAGACAAAAGACGGGAAAAGGUGAUGUUUUUAUCCCUGCACAGAACAACUUCCACCAUCUCCCAGAGGAAGACUCUGAUUCCGAUUCUAGCGUGAUCUUUGACUACGACAGUCGGGAAAAGAGUACUAAGGGAGAGAUCGUCCUUGUAGAGCUGGAUGAUGAGAAUGAAUCGGUAAUUGUAGCUAUAUCUGAUGAUGAUGAUGAUAAUAAUGAUGAUGAAAAUGAAAAUGAACAAGACGGCAAUGUAAAGGUACUGAAAACCGAGAAAAACGAGCUUGCAAAGAAUGAAGAUUUCAUAGGUUUCGGCUUCCUGUCUUCAGAAGAAGAGAACAAUAUAGAAGAUGAAGAUUUCUCCGACGAUGGAGUGAUGAGUGCUGAUGAACAUGGUAAAGUAACUGCAAAAAAGGCCUCCUCUUCGUUUCCGUGGUUAAAGGACCACGAUCAUUCUGAGCAGAAGGAGAUGGCAGAUUGGUUGACUAUGGAAAUGAAGGAUUUUGUCAACUAUAUAUCACCUUCCAGUGAGGAAAUCAGAACGAGAAAUAGACUCAUCAACAAGUUGAAGUCCAGCAUCAGUCUGUACUGGCCCGAAACGGAAACUCACGUAUUUGGGUCUUCAGCUACAGACUUGUACUUACCAGGUUCUGAUAUCGACAUAGUAAUUGUUUCUCGGACCGGAGACUAUGAAAACAGAUCUAGAUUGUAUCAAUUGUCUUCUUACUUGAGACAUAAGGGCCUUGCCAAAAACAUGGAAGUCAUCGCUAAAGCAAAAGUGCCUAUUAUCAAAUUUGUAGAUCCUGAGUCCAACGUCAAUAUUGAUGUGUCAUUUGAAAGAAGAAAUGGAAUAGAAGCAGCGAAAAAGAUACGAAGAUGGAUGACUACUACUCCAGGAUUACGUGAGUUGGUCCUUAUUAUAAAACAGUUUUUGAGUUCAAGAAGGCUUAACAAUGUGCACAGUGGUGGAUUGGGAGGCUAUGCUACUAUUAUCCUCUGCUAUCACUUUUUGAUGAUGCAUCCUCGUGUGUCCACAAAUCUGAUCAACAUAACUGACAAUCUUGGGGCUUUACUAAUCGAAUUUUUUGAAUUGUACGGCAGAAACUUUUCGUAUGAUAACUUGAUCAUCUCGUUGGAUCCACGGUCUGACCUUCCCAGAUAUUUGUUGAAAAGAGACUACCCCCAUUUGAACACCAAUAAGAACCCAUUCACUAUAGUGGUACAAGAUCCUUCUGAUGAAGACAACAACAUUACCAGAUCGUCAUACAACCUUCGAGACUUGAAAAAAGCAUUUGGAGGAGCCUACCAGUUGCUAGUAGAAAAGUGUUACGUGCUUAAUGGCACAUCCUACAAGAAUAGACUAGGGGAGCUGAUAUUGGGAGACAUCAUUAAGUACAGAGGCAAGGAAAGAGAUUUCAACGAUGACAGACACAAAGUCAUCAACGAUGCAUUAAUAAAUCAUGAAAGUUCUGAAGACGAAAGUGAUGGAGCGGACGGGAAUGACAAAUACUACUAUUCAGAUAUAACCGUAGAAAGCGACGAUGAGCUUCAAUUCGAAAAAGAGGCAGAAUCCGCUGUGCAUACCAAAAAGCAAGUUGAAGAGAUUCUUGGCUUGAAAGGUGAUAACCCUGAAGAAGAUGAAGAAGAAGGAGAGGAUACCACUAAGGAAGACGAAGAAGAAGAUGCUACGGAUAUGAAAAGGUCUAAGAGCAAUCUUGACAAGGAUGUUCGUCGUGAUUAUUGGAGGCAGAAGGGAUUAGAAUUGUAG